AUGGAUUUAUUGAUUUUUGAACGUAAGCGUGGAACUGUAAGGAAUUGUAAAAGACCUGUAUCUGUUCCGAUUGGUAAAUAUUACGGGACAUUGAAAGGUGAACAAGUUAUAGUGUCAGAUUUGAAAUCAGCAGAUGAUUUAAAUGCAUUUGGAUGUUAUGGUGAAUUUUUGCAACGACGUGAGCCACGUGUAUCAAUGGAAUGUUUUGAAAGUAAUGCUCAUCAACAACACCAGCAAGAAAGAUCAGCUAAAAUUUGGAAAAGAUUAUGGCCAACUGAUAACUCUCUUCGUUUGAGUAUGGAGGAAGCAAUGUAUCUCAGUGCGGAAAUCGGAGUCUUGCAAAUAUCUGCUGAUAACGGACAAGGAUGUAUGCCGGAUGAAGUAUGGAAGACAUUCUUUGGUUGUUAUGGAAUUCGCUUUGUGAGACGCUAUGCAACUUACCGGUAUUUUAGACAUCAGGGUUGGGUCGUGCGAUCUGGCAUUCAUUGUGGGGUGGAUUUCAUGCUCUAUCGUGAUGGACCCGAAUAUUAUCAUAGCAGCGCGGCGGUUCGAAUUGUUUCUAAAGGAAGUAAACGUGAUGCAUCAGCCUUUAUCGCACUUAACAGGGAGUUGAAUAGUAUAAAGAAGACAUUGAUAGAAGUAUUAGUGGUUGUUCCUGAAGACUGUAAUAUUGAGAGCAUCGAUUCCAUCCGCUGUAUUUCUGUUAUACACUCCAGUGCCCUCACAUGGAAGACGUCUGAUGAUCGAUGA